AUGGAAAGUGAUAACUCCAGUCCCGGGGCUGAAGAUCCUAAGGUUGCUGCAAGAAAUCUCCAACAUCCAACUGUCACACUGAUCGUUGUUACAAUUCAUCCUAAAAGUAGUGAGGCUCCCACCUAUCAUCCCACAACUCCCCUUCAUUCUGACAAAGGAUCUAUGGGCGAAGUGAACAAUCCUGCUGCAAAAGGACAGGAAAACUCUCCACCAAAAAUCAUCACCCAACAUUCCCACACUAGCGGUUCUGAACCUGAGGAUGAGCAUAACGAAGAUGCCCCAGUGGAAAGAGAUGUCGAAAUGCAAGACCCUAGGGAAAUCCCUGAAGAUGAAUCUGAAGAUGAUUCACCCGACACUAACCAAGAUGUGGAUGAUCUUAAUAACGAAGAAGAAGAUGAUCACUAUAUGUUUAACUUCGAUGAAGAACCCCCUGAGGACGAGGAUGAGGAUCAAACUAAUGUUGGUGAUGAAGAAAAGAAUGACCCAUAG